UCUCAGUUCUCUCUCUCUCUCUCUGCUACGGUUACUGGGUGUUUUUUUCUUGGCGGGAAUUGCAUUUGGGUUUUUCCUACAGGUCUUAGUCUAGUGAAGAACCUUCAAGUUCUGACCAUUUUGCUCUGUCCAAAGCCCUCAAGAUUUAUUGAAAAUGUUGGGGCCCAAUUUCAUGGACGAGAUCGAUUGCGGCAGCUUCUUCGACAAUUUCGAUGAUUUGAUCGAAUUUCCUACCGACAAUGGAUGUGGUCUUGGCUCCGGCGACGGCACCGGUUUUCCGGCCAUUUGGUCAAACCCAUUGGAUACCUUGCCGAGUUCUGACCCCAUUUUCUGUGGUGGCCACCGCAGUAGUGCUUCCGACCUCUCCGCUGAACUCGCUGUUCCGUAUGAGGACAUUGUACAACUUGAAUGGCUUUCAACUUUUGUGGAAGAUUCAUUCUCUGGUGGUGGGCUGACCGUCGGCAAAGAGAACUCUUCUGCCACCAAGGAGUCGAACCGCAACCAAUUCCAAACCUCCAGUCCUGUAUCUGUCCUUGAAAGCAGCAGCAGCAGCAGUUCCUGCUCAGAGGGGAAGACUAUGCCGCUCAGCCCAAGUCACCGUGGUCCUCAACGUGCUCGCAGCAAGCGACCACGCCCUGCAAUUUUCAAUCCCCGCCCAGCAAUUCAGCUUAUCUCUCCAACUUCCUCCGUCACAGAGACCCCUCAGCCAUUUGUUGCUCCUGGGGUUUCCUCAGAAUCUGAGAAUUUUGCGGAGUCUCAGCCAAUGAAGAAUAUACCAAACCCAGCUGCAACAGAGCACAAGAAGAAAAAGAAGAUAAAGUUGGCAAUUCCCUUUGGUCCCACAGAGAUGGGGAUACAUCACAAUCCGCCGACGCAAGCAGUUAGGAAAUGCCUGCAUUGUGAGAUAACUAAGACACCACAAUGGAGGGCUGGCCCAAUGGGGCCAAAAACCCUCUGCAAUGCAUGUGGUGUUCGCCACAAGUCGGGCCGACUCUUCCCCGAAUACCGGCCUGCAGCAAGUCCAACUUUUGUUCCAUCGCUGCACUCGAAUUCCCAUAAGAAGGUUGUCGAGAUGAGAAGCAAGGCCGGUGAGGAGGCCACCAUGGCGGGGACUGCAAGAACUGUCCCAACAACCACCUAGCCAGAGUUCACUACAUCAUUGAAGAACAAGUGAGGGAGAGAGGUAGAGAACAGUUUUCCUUGUAGAAAUCUUUCUCUUCUCUGCCUCCUCUUUCACUCUCGUUAUGUUAUUCUCUUACAGUUAUUCAUUUCUUUGUUUGUUGGGUCUUUGUACAGAGAUGUAAUGGGGGAAUAGGAGCAGCAGAUGACAUAUUUUAGCUAGCAGAGAAGAGGAAUGAAAGGAGAGAACUAAGUGAAAAAAGGGUAGAGAUAAGUGGGUGACGUAGUGUUCAGUGUUAAGGUCUAGUAAUGCUUAGGUCCUUAAGCUUAAUAGGUUUGGAGUCAGUAAUUUCUCUUUUUUUGGGUUUUCUGUUUUUUUUCCCUUUCUUUUUUUCUUCCUCCCUUCCUCUAUAUGGGAAUUCUUUUUGCAGUUGAUUUGUUAGUAGGAAAUUCUGAGAUGAGUAAUGCAUUUGAAUUCAUGUUCUUAUAAUUUUAUAUAUUUUUGUCAGUGUUUUUUCUCCUUUU